UUCAUUGCUUGCAUGAGAAUGUGAGAUUAUUACUAGAUUUCAUUAACAAAUUAAUUAUCAAUACAUAACCUCAACAUGCUAAAAAGUAAAAACUGGAGCUUAAAAUGCAAGGGCAGAUUAGUAAUAAACAAUAAUCAGAAUCGUGUCUGGUUUGGGCUCGGCGAGUGAGUGCUCCGCUGGCCGCAGUGAAGACAUCCGAGAUUUGGGAUACAGAAUCGAAAACCCUCCGAAAGCCCUUCCUUUCUUCAGCGAUGAUCAUGGACUUUCAAGUCGUUGUUCUCGCCGGCGGGGUCUCCAAGAAACUCCUCCCUCUCGUUUCCAAGGAGAUUCCGAACGCCUUGCUUCCGGUGGCGAACCGGCCUGUUAUCUCUUACGUGCUCGAGCUAUUGGAGCUUAGCAACCUCAAAGAUCUCAUUGUGGUAGUCGAAGGCGAAGAUGCUGCUCUUAAUGUUGGGGGCUGGAUAUCGGCGGCUUAUGCUGAUCGCCUCCAUGUCGAGGUUGCUGCAGUUCCCGAGGAUGUAGGAACUGCUGGUGCUAUUCGAGCGAUUGCACACCACCUAACUGCUAAGGACAUAUUGGUUGUCAGUGGUGAUCUUGUUUCUGAUGUGCCACUUGGUGCAGUUGCAGCUACUCAUAGGCGGCAUGAUGCUGUUGUCACUGCUAUGCUUUGUUCUGCUCCUGUAAGUGGGCCUUCAGAGUCAGGAUCCUCUGGUGGGAAAGACAAAACCAAGAAACCUGGCCGCUAUAACUUGAUAGGAUUGGAUCCCACACAACAGUUCUUACUUCACAUAGCAACUGGAGCUGAAGUUGAAAAAGAUCUCCGAGUUCAGAAGAGCAUACUCCGUGCAGCUGGCGAGAUAGAAAUCAGAGCUGAUUUAAUGGAUGCUCACUUGUAUGCAUUCAAAAGAUCAAUUUUACAAGAAGUUUUAGAUCAAAAGGGUACAUUUCAUAGCCUAAAACAUGAUGUAUUGCCAUAUCUUGUCCGAAGCCAACUGAAAUCAGAAGCAUUACUGAAUGGCGUAGCACAAGUAGAAGAAAAUGGAACCGAGAAGAUUAUUGCUCAAAGCAAUCAACAAAUGUUAUCACAAAUACUUGCUAAUGCAUCUGAGCGGACGUUUCAUCAACGAUAUGCUUUGAGUCCUAAUGGCACUUCUUUCAGAAAAACUCAUAAAUGUUGUGUUUAUAUUGCCGGAAGCAACAGGUAUUGUGCUCGCUUGAAUUCUAUACAAGCAUACAGCGAUAUAAAUCGAGAUGUGAUAGGAGAAGCUAAUCAUUUGUCAGGGUAUUCAUUCUCUGCUCAAAAUAACAUUAUCCAUCCUUCAGCAGAGCUUGGAGCAAAAACAACUGUAGGACCACAUUGUAUGCUUGGGGAAGGUUCACAGAUGGGUGACAAAUGCAGUGUGAAACGGUCUGUCAUUGGCCGUCACUGCAGGAUAGGUGCAAAUGUUAAGGUUGUUAAUUCAAUAGUUAUGAAUCAUGUUACCAUUGGUGACGGUUGUUCAAUCCAAGGUUCAGUUAUCUGCAGCAACGUACAGCUACAAGAACGUGCCGUACUAAAAGAUUGUCAAGUCGGAGCAGGUUUUGUGGUUGCUGCUGGUAGUGAGUGCAAAGGGGAGGUCUUAGCUAAGAAAUGAAAUAGAGGUUAUAAUCCAGGUUGGGGUAAUACGUAAGACAGUGACAUCUAUCCACUUCAGUUCGGUAUAGGUUUGAAGCAAAAUUUUGUGCUUGACUGGCAGUACAAUUUGAUGAUGAGAUAUUGGCAGGGGAAAGAAAUCUUAAAUGUUUCGAAUUUGUAUUUCUGUCCUUUGCUUUUUCAUUCUGUCACAAGUUUAGAAAUGGCUUCAGUUGGUGUUGAGUAUCUAUUUGUGUAAAUGACUACCCAUUGUUUCCUUGUCAUCAAAGUCUUGUGAAUGAAUUUACAGGAGGCAUACGGUUGGUGUCGCAUUGCGGUACUAAAGCACUAUGAACCAACACCAGCACCUCCUUCUGUAUUUGGCCAAAUUUUGGGUCACAUUUUUCUU